UUUGUCGUGCUGAUUUAACAAUAUGGCUGAAUAGUGCAACGCAAGUGUUUGUCAUUUAGAUGUAUUUACGAUAUAAGCUAAGAUUUCCCGACACGAGAAAACUAUAAGAGAACGUUGCUCCCUUUUAGAAAAAAUUGCCUUGAGCAGAUUACGAGCUGAAAGAGUCGGUUCUUUUUUUUGGCUGAGUGAUGAGGCGCUGUCUCUUCUUGCUCCCUGCGCUGCUGCUGCUGCUAGCUCUGCCUGACACCAGGGGGCGUUACAAUGACGAUUUUGAUGAUGGCGAAGACCUGGCCGAGUUUGAUGACAACGAUUUUGCAGAGUUUGAGGAUAUCGCUGAGGAGCAGGCGGUCGAGACGGAAAACAAGCCUCCAGCCAGACAGACGCCUUCUUCCGCUCCAGAGGAGGAUGAUGAGGAUGAAGCCACAGUGGAGAAUGAGGAUGGACAAGAUGAGUUUGAGGAUGGCGAAGGACAGGAUCAGGACAUUUACAGCAUAUAUGACAACGAGGAGUUUGAGGGCCAAGACACGACCAGCCCGUCCAGCAAAGACACACUAAUCUACCGCGAGGUCCCAGCACAUCUGCAGAACAGCUGGGAGAGCUACUACAUGGAGAUCCUGAUGGUGACGGGUCUCCUGGCUUACAUUAUGAAUUACAUCAUAGGCAAGAACAAGAACAGCAGACUGGCUCAGGCCUGGUUUAACUCGCACAGAGAGCUGCUGGAGAGCAACUUCGCCCUCGUCGGUGAUGACGGGACGAGUAAGGAGCCCACCAGCACAGGGAAGCUGAACCAAGAGAACGAGCACAUCUACAACCUGUGGUGCUCCGGACGCGUGUGUUGCGAGGGCAUGCUCAUUCAGCUCAAGUUUCUUAAAAGACAGGAUCUGUUGAAUGUGCUGGCCAGGAUGAUGAGGCCUGCUUGUGAUCAAGUGCAAAUCAAAGUAACACUGAAUGACGAGGACAUGGACACGUUUGUGUUUGCGAUGGGAAACCGGAAGGCCAUGGGGCGCAUGCAAAAGGACAUGCAGGACCUGAGUGAGUUCUGCGGAGACAAGCCCAAGUCGGGGGCGAAGUACGGCCUCCCUGACUCUCUUUCCAUCCUAUCAGAGAUGGGUGAGGUCACGGAUGGACUGAUGGACAACAAGAUGGUACAUUACAUCACCAACCAUGCCGACAAAAUCGAGUCCAUCCAUUUCUCGGACCAAUUUUCUGGUCCAAAAGUUAUGCAAGAGGAGGGUCAGCAAUUAAAGCUCCCCGAGACCAAGAAAACACUACUGUUUACAUUUAAUGUGCCUGGAAUGGGGAACACUUCACCCAAAGACAUGGACAGCCUGCUGCCGCUCAUGAACAUGGUGAUCUACAGCAUCGACAAAGUCAAGAAGCUACGCCUCAACAGAGAGGGGAAGAUGAAGGCGGAACGGAACCGCGCUCGCGUCGAAGAGAACUUCCUGAAGCAGACUCACGCUCAGAGGCAGGAAGCUGCUCAGACACGUCGGGAGGAAAAGAAGAGAGCGGAGAAAGAGAGGAUCAUGAACGAGGAGGACCCUGAGAGACAGCGGCGCCUAGAGGAAGCUGCUCAGCGCCGAGAGCAAAAGAAAAUGGAGAAGAAGCAGAUGAAGAUGAAGCAAAUUAAAGUGAAAGCCAUGUAAAACCACACACACACUGCUUCCAUAGCUGCUGGCAUCUAAGAAUGUAUCCAUUGCUUCCAUAAGAUCCAAACUUGUAAGAGUCCGAUAGGCGUUAACUUUCAGGUUGUUGUUUUUUUUUGUUUUUAUUGAAAGAAACUGUUUCGAAUUAGAUUUUCUGCUGCGCCGCGUUCUGUCCAGUAAUCGGAGAGACGCUGGACGUGAAAGCCGCACUUCCCUGACGUUUAAAGAUCUGAUUAAUUUGAAAGUGAAAUCGCACGUCGCUCCCGACGAGUCGGUAUAAAACCAUGGCGAUGAAAUUAAAAAGAAUCUCUUAACUGAAUUUCGCACUUAAGGGUUUGUGUUGUGAUACGUGUACAUUGCAAAAUGCUGAUGAAAUAAUAAUAAUAAUAAUAAUAAUAAUGCAUUUUCCAGAUGACUCCGAUUUUUAUUUUGAAUUUGUAGUUUUUUAACCGCACACCUUUUUAAAGUGUGACGUUCAGUAUUUAAUCAAAUUAUCCUAAUGGCAAAAUUCACCCAAAAGAACCGAAACACUCCUGGUUCAGUAGCAGCAUCUGAGCAGAAACCUCAGUGGCUUUAGUCAACGAAUACACUUCAGUCUGUGUAAGAUGAUCUAAAUAAAGAAUCAUGUGAGAUCAAAUACACUACAAAACUGUUUCAUUCUCUCUGUCUAAUGUGAUCGUGAUAGAAAAGCAGGACAAUUGAUUUAUCUUAUUUUACUAAAGUCUUUUGUAAUCCUAUUUAAUAUUGAAAGGAAAGACAAUUCAGGCAUCAGUUUUAAUAAUGAGAUCAAUCCCACUAAUAACCACUUUUAACGUUUGUUUGUAAGAUUUAAGUCCAAAAACGAAGGAUUUAAGGAUUUCUGCACCGGAUUCGCUCCAGUACGUCGACGUCUAGCUGAUUCACUAUGUUUAAACAUCACCGGCCCUGAGAUUUGUCACCACCCAAAUGUUUCUGUCUGGUUUUCUGGAGAAGUAGAACCACCUCUUCUCCAUGCCAGGUCUCACCUGUAGCUCAGUACAGAACUUGCUCCACCCGAAUCACCUGAACGCUUCCCUUGGUCCUGCACUGAGCUGUGCAGCGUGUAAAGCUUUCUUCCAUAUCAUACGGUGAUGUCGCUGUAAAAAUACGCCUCACUUGUCUCAUAUCAAUUUUCACACCUUGGUCUCAAGAGCUGUAGUUCUCCCCGCUUUCACGUGAACCGGGUGAGUUUUCUAGUACCGUACGCUCACAAAAAUUCAUCUCCUUUUAUAGAAAAAAUGGCGGCCGUUUUUCUUUUUAUGAGCGAAUUAACGAGAAAGGGCUCGGCGUGUCUGUCUUCGUUAACCCACAGCAAUCACUUUAUGUAUUUAAUACGAUUUUUUUUUUUUCCCUUUUAUUUAUGAUUUACGUGUGUGGUUCAUCUGUCACAGGGAUGUGUUUGCUGAUGCACAUGAGAAGCGUCACACUUCAGCCUGUUUCUGUACAAUUUGUCUUUUCGUCCAAAGAGACACUGAGCAAAACCGAAUAAAACAUGCACUGAACAAUUUAAA